AUGGCAUCAGAGAGUGACAAGUUGCCUAACGAACAAGAUCAUUAUAGAGAUAGCAAAGUCAGACCCAUUUCCAAUAAUCUGAUCGGAAGCAUGCCAACUGUUUUAGAUAACAAGACGUUAUUACCACCUUUAGGUUCCACCAUGAAACCAGACCAAAUGGAUUCGCAGAAACAAUCGCACAUUCACGCACAAAAUAUACUGCACUUGCUGCAGCCUCAACAACAACAACAACAAACUUAUGAUUUUCCUUCUUCUAGCCAGAAUUCCAUGUAUUUUUCUUACCAGCAGCCAAGCUACGAUGCCUUUCAGCAGCGACAAACGUUGUCGCAACCGCUCAAUGCUUAUGCGCCCAUGUCUCAGUACAAUAGCGCGCAGUAUCAAUCGGGCGCGGCAGCGGCAGCAGCAGCAGCAGCAACACCAAACUCGGGGAUCCGAUAUCAGUACCUGUCAUCGAAUGCAGCCACAACCUCGACCAACUCGACCUCAACCGUUCCCCCUUCGGAAUUGGACCACGGUGUUGGGGUCGGUGUUGGUGUCGGGGACGCCAAAAGAGGUCGCCGGUUUAGAAGGAGGUAUAACCAAAUUGUGAGAAAAUACCCAUGCUCGUAUCCUGGUUGCCUGAAGAGCUACGGGUCUUUGAACCACUUGAAUACCCAUAUCGUCACCAAGAAGCAUGGCCACCGCAAAUCGAAAGCAGACUUUCAGGCGGCAGGCGGCAAUCCAAACACGAGCAUGAGCAAAGAUGAGAAAGGGGAAAUCUCCUAUACAAACAAAUCCCCACUGCUACACCAACAGCAGCAAACUUAUCAACAGCACCAGCAACACCAGCAGCACCAAUUACAACAUCAACAACAUCAACAGCACCAACAACAACAACAACAACCGCAGCUACAGCAACAACAACCACAGCCGCAUGUACUGGCCUACACACUGGGAUCGGGCCAAUUGCAACAACAGCUACAACAGCAACAGCAACAGCAACAACAAUCGCAGUAUCUUGGCCCUUCAAGCGGAGAUUACAGUGCAGGAAACUACUGGUAUGGCUAUGCGCCUCCGAAUAUCCGACCCGGCGCAAUCAACACCGAUAGCUAUGGUAACCAUUUGCCUCAGCAGCCGUCAACCAGUGGGAACUUGUACUAUCCUGGGCUCCAACCAAGUAACGCUGCCGCUGGUGGUGUUGCUGCUGCUGCUGCUGCUCCUGGAAGCGCCCAGCAGAGAGCUGCUGCGCCCGCUAACACGGGCAUUUCCCAAGGACAAUACUAUCAGACUUCCUCAGCACCACAGUCUCAUUUGCAACAAGGCUACUACCAGUCGUUGAACCAAGUGCUGCAGUACGGACAACAACAUCUGCCUCAGCAGCACUCCCAGUCAGUAACUCAAACACCGCAGCAGCAUAACCAUCCGAAUUAA